AUUUUUUCAAUAUAAUAAUUGAUAUUCUUAGAUCAUAUGUUUAUACCAAUAUACUAACUUAUUAUACCAUCGAAUCAUUUCUUCGAUAACUGCCAAAGUCCGUGAUAACGGAAUACGUUUAAAGGAAUACAAUUGCAAUGUUUUAUUACACGAAUCACACAAAUCUAAAGAUUUAAUUAUAUCAAAUUAAUUAUUUUUUUCUGAAAUCGGUUUACACGUGACGACUAUUUUUGAAUUGGCAAGAUGGAUUUUACUGACGUAACAGAGGGUAAUGCGGAACAAGGAUACCAAUUCCACUGGUGGUAUUAAAUGUGCACUGUACAAUUGCCAUUCUGAGUACAACAAGAAUGCUGUGGGAAAUCAGAAAUCGUUUUUUAAUUUCCCUAAAGAUCCUAUAAAGAUGUGCUCUGUGGAUUGAAAAAUUUAAUCCUGUUUCUUUACCAACAACAGACACUAGUGAUCUAGCAAAAAGAUAUAAAUUGUGUUCACUUCAUUUUGAGGAUAAUAUGUUUAGCAAAUUUCAAAAGAAUAGGCUUUAUCCUCAUGCAAUACCAACUUUAUUUGAAAAUUCUUUUACUGCAUCAUCAACUAGAUGUGAUACUUUGGUUAGUAGUCUAACUCCAAAUUACAUUUUGGAAAGAACUCCAAGAAAACUGAGAUACAAGAUGUAACUUAGUGAAGCCAUAGAUCAAUAAAAAAUUUGGAAAAAAGAGUUUCACAUUUAAGUGAAAUGUUGGCGCAGACAAGCAGUGUAGGAAAAUGUAUUCAACUAUGUGAAGAGUAUCUUCCACAAUCUUUAUUUAUGUUGAGAAUGCUUAAAUUUGUGAGGUACCUGGAAAAAUUACAAUUUGAAUAUUUUAAUGGUCGUCCAGAAUGGACAACUAUAAAUGUAUCAGAUUUGAAAUUGUUUAUGGCAUAUUCGUAUUUUGGAUAUCCAAAAAUUAUAAGUGAUAUGGAAGAAGAUCAAAAUGAAAACUUCAAAAAUAUAAAAGAUUUAUUUGAUUUAUAUAAAAAAGAAGAAAAAGAAUCUAUUGAAGAUAUGUUUAAAGUAAUAGAGAGGGAAAUUAUUAAAAAUUGUUCUAAGAUUAUGGUUGGUAUCACCAUGGUUCAUAGCAUUUGCAAAAGAAAUUGUAAAGACUGUGCAAAUAUUAAUGACAUUUUUGCUCAUGUAUGGCUUUUACUUCGAAUUAAAAUUAACGAGAGUGUGGUAUAUAUUGAUAUCUGCCAUAUGAGAACAUACAAAGAUUUUAAUGAUUACGUACAAAAUAAUGAACUACCCUCAGGAUUUAUGUAUUUUCCAAAAUCAGGAAUGUAUGAAGAAAAUGAUUAUUUAAAGGCAGAACUAACACCACCUUCUAGAAAAACAGAAUCAAUAAUGUCUACUCUGGACUCAAUAGGAACAUGGGUAAAUUUUGGUGGUGGUGCAAUUUUAUGUGCAGGUUUAUUUUUUACAGUUGCACCUUCUAUAGCUAUAACUUCAGCGGUAGCAGUUGCAUCAUCUUGUGUUUAUGAUACUUAUCGCCAAACACGUUCAUUAUCAAGAAUUAAUACACACAAUGGAUCGUUAGUCAGUUCAGAAGCUAUGGAGCAUUGGUUGAAUUUAGGGACUUCUAUACUUGGUGCUAUAACAGCUCCUUUAAGUGCUGUUUCAAGAUAUAUCGAAACGGAAAGUGUUUAUGUUUUAAGAAUAUUAAAAUUUGGAAGGUCAUUAAAUUCUUUUCAAAAAGGCUUAUAUAUUACACAAGCAACAUUGGAAAUUAUGCGCUUCACUGUAAAAGCUAUAAACAAAAAUAUUACAAUGAGGAGUGUGACAGAAUUACGUUUAGAUUUGUUUGUUGUAACGGGAAGACUAUUACCAAUAUCCUUCGUAGAAACAAUUCUACAGAUCGCGGUGUCGGCGGUUCUGAAUUUCGACGACGUGUGCUGGAGGAUCGUCACCGAGAUCGCUUAUUGCGUGGGUCAGCGUAUCAUGCGGUCGCCGACGUUCGUGAUGGAACACGCGAAACAGUUCGUCGACAAGCUGGGCAAGUUCGUGUCGAACAACCUCACCAUGGACAAGAUGUUGUGCGCUUGGCAAGUGUACAGUAGGCUGAUGAACGCGUACCGCGAGCUGGCGGCCGCGCUGCGCGGACCGGAACUGCUGCGGCACGUGGUGCACCACCUGUUGGCGGUGCCGUGCGACGCGGCCGCGAAAGAAGCGCUGUGCGGCCACCGGAUGAAGGAGCUGCUGGACGAGCUAGGCGUCGCGGACGACCGGCACGCGGUCGAGGUGUGCGUGCGGCUGGUGGUCGGUAUCGCGGACGGCGUGCGGGAGAAGUACCGCGACGCGGUCGCGGCCCUGGCCGACCGCAGUUUCACCGACUCGGACCGGAUCGACACGGAGUUCUGUGUCCAGUACGGGCUGGCCGCGUGCACGUACGCCGAGUUCGUGUUGCACGGCAUCAGGCGCGUGGCCGCCGACGGGCAGGACGAGUUCUGGCGCGCGUACCGUGACCGGCCGAUGACCGUUCGCGACCAGCUGCACGUGGCCAGCUACCGGACGGGCGAGCAAUCGUUGGACACGUUCGUCACCGCGGCGCCGCCGGAAGGCCCGUCGCUGUCCGCGGACUUCUGCCGCAGUGUAGUGACCGCCAUCGACCCGGCGAACAGCGCGCGAUACAGCAACUCGCAGCACAUGUCGCUACCCGACGACACGUUCGUGUUGACCGAUGUGCCCGUGCUCGGAUCGUUCAGAAUUGUGUUUUUCUACGUCGACUCGUCCGCCGGCCGAUCUCAGUCGCUGAACGUCAGCAUCUACAAUCACUCGGCCGGCAACAUCCCUGGGUUGCGAUCCAAAUAACUUGGCGAAUUCGUUUCCUCCCCCUCACACGUUGCAUGUCUUGGACAUGGGUUCGUGGCACUCGUUCCGACUCCGUUAUGUUUCCUGGUCGAUUAUAAUCACUGCUGCUGCUCUCCUAACCACUGUAUUUUAUCGUACGACCAAAACAAUUUUUUAUCAUCACGUUGUGCUUAGACGGCACUGCUUCCAUAAAAUAUUACGUAAAUGUAUAGCUGCACAUGGAUGUGCAUGCGUGUUCAAGUUAUAAAUAAAAAUUAUUAUUAUAUUAACCAGUCUUGUACGGAAUAUAUAUAUAUAUAUGUAAUGUAUUUU